AUGGAGGCGGCGGCCCGCGACACCGAGAAGAAGCGGAGUCUCGCCGUCACUAGCUCCACAGCAGGCGGCGGCGUUGGCCUCACCGACGACCUCGUCGUCGAGAUCCUCUCACGCGUCCCCGUGAAGUCGAUCUGCCGCUUCAAGUGCGUCUCCCCGUCGUGGCGCAGCCUCAUCUCCCACCCCGACAACCGCAAGAAGCUGCCCCACACCGUCACGGGCUUCCUCUACCUUGUCGAGUUCGAUACAUGCAGCUUCGUCAGCCUGCUCGCCGAGCCGCCGAGGAGGACGACAGGAAGAGGACGGGUGGUGCGGCCCCGCUCGCCAUGCGAUUUCCUGCCCGCCAACACAGCAGGCGGUGGGGUGGUGGCCGACUGCUGCAACGGGCUCGUCCUCUUGAAAAACUCCGGCGACGGCUCCGUCUCCGUCUCCGGCUCCGGCUCCGGGCCCCGCGCAUCGUACGUCGUCUGCAACCCUGCCACCGAGAAGUGGGCUAGCGUGCCGGGAUCAACCCAUGCCGGCAAGAUCUGCUCCGCUAGCAUCCUGUGCUUCGAACCGGCCAUCUCCCUGCGGCAUUUCCAUGUCGUUGAGCUGUUGUGGUGGGUGGCCAACGAGGAAGACGAGAACCACUGUUUCAACGGCCUGCUGCAUUUUAUCACUGCCAUCGACGGCGCGGUCGCCGCACUGGACAUGGACGGGCAGACACGUAGUGUGAUUCCUGUCCCGCGAAGGGGAGGCGGCGGGUUCAUUGGCCAUUCUCAGGGGCGCCUGUUGUAUGCGAGCAGAGAUGUUGGUAACACCUCCAAGCUGCCGAUCUAUGUGCUGCUGGGGGAGGAGGGAGAGAGUAAUGGCAGCAGGUGGACUUUGAAGCACUGCGUCGACACUUCAGGCCUGGUGUUUACUGAUGCGGACGAGUAUUUGUUGCAGUCUGGGCUGUUGGUGGGACUGGGAGUGGCUGCCAUUCAUCCGCACGGCGAUUCCAUCUUCUUGUUUGAUUCAUUGCAGGGAAAAUUGAUGUCAUACAGUAUGGAUAGCCAGAGAGCUCAUGUCAUCCGCAGUGUCACAAAAUCCCCAUACUUCUGGUCAUUUCUACCGUAUGUACCACACUACCUAGAGACGGCAGCACUGCAAAACUCGAACUAG